AUGACUGCAGAGGUGGGCGUGGCUGCGGUCGGCAGCGCGCUGAUGUCAUCGGUCGUGUUCUAUGGGGCCGCUCUCAAGGGCUCGCUGCUGGUGUUCUGGAUGGUCUACCUGGCCACGCUCUGUGUCGGCAUCACCAUGGCGUACACGAUCGCGGCACUCUCGCCCAACAUGGACGUGGCAAACGCGGCGCUGCCCACCUACGUGGCCACGCUGACGUUUGUCUCCGGCUUCAUCAUCCGCUUCGACAACAUACCCGUCUGGUGGAGGUGGUACAGCCGUGUCAACCCCCUGGCCUACGCAUUCACAGCACUAAUGGCAAAUCAAUUCAGCAGCCACGACCCCCACUUCAUCGGGGGCAAGACGCUGCUCGAGUACUUCUCAAUGGCAGGGCAGUCCAUCUGGUUCAACGUGGGCAUUGUGUGGGCGUUCUUCGCGCUCCUGCUGGCAUGCGCUUGGCUGGUACUGGCCACCCGGCGGUACUCCAGGCGCUGA